GGGCGGGGCAAGGGGCGCCUUUCUAUGGCACUUUCUCUCUGCAUUCAUGAGGUUGCAUAGCCGCUCUUUAGAGAGGUUUGCUUUAGCUCCGAGUCCGUCUGACAAGUGAGGAAACUGAGGCCGAGAAGUAGGAGGCGUUGCCAUCUGCUGAGCCACGCAACCUGCUAAGGGGAGGCCGGGGACCAAGACCUCGGGGUCUGCGCUCCCACGCCCGCUUGGGGCGGUGGGCGUGGGGAGCAAGGGCCUUGCUCCGUUCCCUCCACCCAGCUGCACCCCUUGCCGCUACAGGAGGCUCCCUGGAGGAGGAGCUCCGGACGCGGAGGAGGAGCCAGGGUAGCCCCGGGAGGGGGACACAAUCCUCUCUGAUAAGAGGCAGCGCCCGGGAGGAACCCCGUCCGCCGGUUGGGCAGAACACCCCAGGAGCAGCCUCAUGGAAGAGAAGCAGAUCCUGUGCGUGGGGCUGGUGGUGCUGGACAUCAUCAAUGUGGUGGACAAGUACCCGGAGGAGGACACGGACAGCAGGUGCUUGUCCCAGCGAUGGCAACGUGGAGGCAACGCAUCCAACUCCUGCACUGUUCUCUCCCUGCUUGGAGCCCCCUGUGCAUUCAUGGGCUCACUGGCCCCAGGCCACGUUGCCGAUUUUGUCCUGGAUGACCUCCGCCGCUAUUCCGUGGACCUACGCUACACAGUCUUUCACACCACGGGCUCCGUCCCCAUCUCCACAGUCAUCAUCAACGAGGCCAGUGGUAGCCGCACCAUCCUGCAUGCCUACAGCUUCCUGGUGGCUGACUUCAGGCAGCGGGGUGUGGACGUGUCUCAGGUGGCCUGGCAGAGCAGGGGGGAAACCCCAUGCUCUUGCUGCAUCGUCAACAACUCCACUGGCUCCCGUACCAUUGUGCUCUAUGACACCAACCUGCCAGAUGUGUCUGCUAUGGACUUUGAGAAGGUUGAUCUGACCCGGUUCAAGUGGAUCCACAUUGAGGGCCGGAAUGCGUCGGAGCAGGUGAAGAUGCUGCAGCGGAUAGAACAGCACAAUGCCAGGCAGCCUCCGGAGCAGAAGAUCCAGGUGUCCGUGGAGGUGGAGAAGCCCCGAGAGGAGCUGUUCCAGCUGUUUGGCUACGGAGACGUGGUGUUUGUCAGCAAAGAUGUAGCCAAGCACUUGGGGUUCCGGUCAGCGGUGGAGGCCCUGAGGGGCUUGUACAGUCGUGUGAGGAAAGGGGCAGUGCUUGUAUGUGCCUGGGCUGAGGAGGGCGCCGAUGCCCUGGGCCCUGAUGGACGGCUGCUCCACUCGGAUGCUUUCUCACCACCCCGGGUGGUGGAUACUCUGGGGGCUGGAGACACCUUCAAUGCUUCUGUCAUCUUCAGCCUGUCUCAGGGAAAGAGCAUGCAGGAGGCGCUGAGGUUUGGCUGCCAGGUGGCUGGCAAGAAGUGCGGCCUGCAGGGCUUUGAUGGCAUCGUGUGAGCGCCCUGUGGCAGGAGGCACCAGCUCACCACCACCCCCAUUGGAGGCUGGCAUCCCUGGCUGCCAUUGCCUUCUCCCCUCUGUCCAGCCUGGCAUCCGGGCUGCCCUGCUCCCUGGGCCGAUGCAGGCUGUGGGAGGGCUCUGCCUGUGUCCUGGCGUCUCAUACUGCAGAGCCGCAGAGCAAAUAAAUCUCCUUCCCCGAGCCAGCUUCCUCUGGCAGUCCAU